UAAAAGUUUUGGUUCAAGCGCAAGUACCUGAUGCUAUGAUGAGAACACCAUAUUUCACUAGUUUAUUUCAAGCAACUGCAUUUUGGUUUUGUCUGACAUAUAUUUUCAAAAUAUUAGUUGAAGAAAAUGGGAAAACACCCGAAGACAUUGCUACAGAAACGAAUGCACAAAAGGUAUGGAGAGGUGCAUUAUCUGAAGCUGUAAAAGUUUUGGUUCAAGCGCAAGUACCUGAUGCUAUGAUGAGAACACCAUAUUUCACUAGUUUAUUUCAAGCAACUGCAUUUUGGUUUUGUCUGACAUAUAUUUUCAAAAUAUUAGUUGCCACAUCAUAUUUAUUUGUGACGAAUAUAAUAUUUUUCAGUUCGAUUGUUACAUCAUUAUAUUCAUUCUAUACGGCUGUACUUGCUGAUCCUGGAUUUGUUUCAAAAUUAAAAUCUCGUGAAGAACAAAAACAAUUAAUAAUUGAUCUAGCUAACAAAGGAAUGUUAGAUGCAAGGCAUUUGUGUUUUAAAUGUUUGGUUGGUAUUUUUGAAUAUUGGUAG